ACUUCCCCUCUAAGGCAAGGAGAAAACCCUCAGCGGUGAAGUGAAUAGUGAACACCCUUAUCUUCUUUUACCAUUUGAUUGCUUAAUGGGCUGGAGAUACCUUCUCUUUCGGUGAAAAAGUUGCCAAUGAUUUAUCUCCUUUUCUUCAAAUGCAUGGCGGCAUUAUUUUCGUACAAUUCCUCAAACGUCUCCUUUCAUUGUUCGUAAUUUUGCCCUUUUGAAAAACUGAUCAUGUCUCUGUAAAAUAGUGGGGUUUUGUGAACUGGGUUUGUAGGCAUUGGCUGUCGAGUGAGACUGAGAGUGAGUGAGAUGAUGGAGGCUUCAGGCAAGAAGAAGACUAAUAGUGAAUCUGUUUCGGAGGCCUUGGUCUUUGAUGCCAAAAUUCGUCAAUGCUUUUUGAAUGCUGAUGAAGACAAGGAUUUGGCAAAAUCCAUGUUAGAGGUGAAGAAAGAGUUUGAGCAAUUUGAUGAUUUGCUCAAAAUAUGGAAGGUACUUUUCAGUGAUAUUUUCCUGAAGUCGUUCAAAAAACUGAAGUCGAUCCGUUUGAAGAAGUCAGUGCUUAAUCUUCUACUUAAGCUUUCUGGUGGCUGGAGACCAAGAAAGCGAAAUGUAGAGACUAUUAGUGGAAACUCAUCAGCAAUCUUGAGGCAGUAUAAAGUUGAAGGUCUAUAUGUUGUCUGCUCAAUUGACAUUGUGAAGGAGAUGAAAUACAUUCAAGUAUUAAAGAUUUGGGACAUAUUGCCUCUAGAGGAUAUCCCCAUAUUGACAAAUCGGUUGGAGAGUAUUUUCAAUAGAUAUACAGAUGAUUUCAUCAAUCGUUGCAAUGAGACGUGUCUUGACGGUGAUUUAGAAGUUCCAAAUAGCUGGCCACCCACUUUGGAUAUUCCCCGGUUUAAGGACCUUAGCAACACUGAAGCUGAGAGUGACUUAGUUGGUGACACUUCUGACGGUAGAAGUUAUGUUGAGAAUUCACAGGUCAACGAGAGUUUAUUGCUCAUGAAGUUUUACUCAUUGUCAUCUGGUGUUGUGAAUCACUUGCUGUCUGACCGCGAGGGUAGAGAGUUGGAGAUUAUCCUUUAUCAGAGAAGUACCUUUAUACUUGGACGGUCAGGAACAGGGAAAACCACUGUUUUAACCAUGAAAUUAUUUCAAAAAGAACAAUAUUUUCAGUUGGCAGAGCAAGGAUGCCUCAGUAGUCAAAAUAGCAAUGUUGGGCAGAGUUCUUCAGCUACUCAGGAAAGAACUCUACACCAGCUUUUUGUGACCGUGAGUCCUAAGCUAUGUUUUGCCAUCAAGCAACAUGUUCUACACUUGAAAAGGUUUGUGGGUUAUUCAACAAAAGUUUUGUUCUUAUCCCUGACUUAUUUUACCUUAGGUUUUGUCUUUUCUGGUGAUACCGCACAAACAAUUGCCAGGGGCAUUGAUUUCGGGUUCCAAGAUAUACGGCAUCUCUUUUACGAGAAGUUUGUGUUGGAAUCUAGAGGGAAUGAGCCUCAUGAAAUAAAAGAAAAGGGACAAAUAUCAGAAGUUAAACAAUUGACUCAAAACUUCCGUACCCAUACUGGUGUAUUGAAGUUAUCACAGAGCAUUGUCGAACUACUUUAUCGUUUUUUCCCCCAUUCUAUUGAUAUUUUGGUACCUGAAACCAGUCUGAUACAUGGGGAAGCUCCGGUAGUGCUUGAAUCGGGAGAAGAUGAAAAUGCAAUCAUAGAGUUUUUAGGGAAUAGUGGAAAUGAUAGUGCAAAUAUAGUUGGCUUCGGCGCAGAGCAAGUUAUUUUGGUCCGUGAUGACGAUGCUAGGAAAGAAGUUUCCAAAUUUGUUGGGAAGCAUGCUCUUGUUCUGACCAUAGUGGAAUGCAAGGGGCUUGAAUUCCAGGAUGUACUCUUAUACAACUUUUUUGGCUCAUCGCCAAUGAAAACGAAAUGGAGGGUGAUAUAUGAUUAUAUGAAGGAACAAGAUUUACUUGACUCCACAUUGCCCCAAUGCUUUCCAAGGUUCAGCGAAGCCAAACACAACAUCUUAUGCUCUGAACUCAAACAAUUAUAUGUUGCUGUUACUCGGACAAGACAGAGGUUGUGGGUUUACGAGAAUGCAGAAGAGAUUUCCAAACCAAUGUUUGACUAUUGGAAGAAGAAAUGUCUUGUACAAGUUAGGCAACUGGAUGAUUCCCUUGCACAAGCAAUGCAAGUUUCAAGCAGCCCCGAGGAGUGGAAAUCACGAGGCAUUAAGGUUUGCAUAAUUAUUUAUGUUUUAACGCCAUUAUUUUCUAGUAAUAUUGACAAAAUCUGAUCUUUGUUUCUUGCAGCUAUACCACGAAUAUAUGUAUAUAUAUAUUGUUUUGCUGUAUAAGAAUUUGAUAUUUCCUUUGGUAUGAUGUCCUGAGACAUAUUAUCUUUGAUUGAUAUGAACCUGUUAAUAUGAGUACAUCUCUGGAAAUGUUGAACUAAAUAAUUGAAGUUUUAUGAAUUAAAAGAGAAUGUUUGAAUGUGUGAUAAUUGAGGCAUCUAAUUGAGUUCAAAUAAAUUAACGAACAUUGUGUUAUAAGAAUCACUGAAAUUUCAUCGUUUUAAUUAAAUGGGCAAAUAGUUUCAAAUUGAAUUGAUAUCAAGACUUACAACAUAGAUAGUUCGGGUCGUUGAAAUU